UGGUUUCACGCUACAUCUUCGCGCACCAUUAAAUGGUAACGCGGCGUACUGACAAAUAUUUAAUUGGGAGUUUAUAAACUGGACCAAAACGAGAGCAGAGAGUAAGAAGACUUUUAUGUGGGAAGUACGCCUCCCCAAAACCAUGUGGAGAAUUGCGACCCUUGUUGCACCGAGCUCUCAUCACGGAGAGAGGAGAAUUUAAAACAGUAAGCUAUUUAGGCCUACAUUUGGAAAUCUCUGCCGAUGAGGAACAGCAAGAAACGGGCAUUUGGUAGAGAAGAAUGGCCCCACCUGAUCUCCUUGACCCAAAGUCUGCCGCUCACAACUCCAAGCCCCGCCUCUCCUUCUCGGCUGCCAAGCCGGUGGUCCUGAACUCCCCCGAGGACGAAUACGACACCACACGCUUCACAGUCAUGAGGUGGAAGACGGUAUCAGUCAUCUUCUUCCUGGUGGUGCUCUACCUCAUUGUGGGAGCCCUGGUGUUCCGGGCGCUGGAGCAGCCCCACGAGAGCCAACAGAAGCUGGCCAUCUUGGCCGAGAAACUGGACUUCCUGUCGCUGCACGCCUGUGUCAACUCCUCCGAACUGGAGGACCUCGUCAAGCAAGUGAUCUCUGCCAUCAGAGCGGGCGUCAACCCAUCAGCGAACUCAUCCAAUCAGACAAGUCUGUGGGACCUAAGCUCCUCCUUUUUCUUCGCUGGCACUGUCAUCACCACUAUUGGCUUUGGGAACAUCGCUCCCCACACGGAGGGGGGACGUAUCUUCUGUAUCAUCUAUGCCCUCCUGGGAAUCCCCCUUUUUGGCUUCCUGUUGGCUGGUGUUGGAGACCAGCUUGGGACCAUCUUUGGGAAAGGCAUCAACAGAGUGGAGAAGAUAGUUGGGUCUCUCCCUCAAAAGUGGAAAGUGAGCCAGACCAAGAUCAGGGUGAUCUCCACCGUGAUCUUCAUCCUGUUUGGCUGUGUCCUCUUCGUGGCGUUGCCGGCGGUCAUCUUUAAACACAUAGAGGGCUGGAGCACGCUGGAGUCCAUCUACUUUGUGGUCAUCACCCUCACCACCAUCGGCUUCGGUGACUUUGUGGCCGGUGAAAAAGGUCUUGAAAAGGGUGGUUCUGAGAUAGAGUAUCUGGACUACUACAAGCCUGUGGUGUGGUUCUGGAUCCUGAUUGGUCUAGCCUACUUUGCUGCCGUGCUCAGUAUGAUAGGAGACUGGUUCAGAGUCAUCUCCAAGAAAACCAAGGAGGAGGUAGGGGAGUUCCGGAUCCAUGCAGCAGAGUGGACGGCAAAUGUGUCGGCUGAGUUCAAGGAGACACGGCGUCGCCUGAGCGUAGACAUCUCGAACAAGUUUGAGCGUGCCGCCUCCAUUAAGCGUCGACUGUCCUCAGAGCUGGGCCUCAACCCCAUCACCCAGGAGAUGACCCCGGGCAGGAGGACGCUGUCCGUGAACCUGGGGCCAGGGGAUGAGAGGGAGGCCUACCCCAACCUGGCUCUUUCCCUCACUCCUGUCCCUGGAGGCCUGGCCCGCAAUGGCAGUGGACUCUACCUGAACGGACUCAGUCCGGACUACGCUGAGGUAGCCAUCAUAGAGAGCCUCUAGUGGUUGUGGAUGGAACAUGGAGGUGAGAAACAUUUAUGGUCAUCAGUGGAGAUCAUUAAGUGAGACUAACACACACACGCACGCUUGUGUGUUCAUGCUCACACUUGUGCUCAUUGGUUAAGAGGCUGGUUGGAGAGACAGACACUUCAAGCUGAGAUCUCAGGCAUACUGUAGGUGAGUUUUCAGACAUACAACCAUGCACACACACAUGUUCGUCAAAGGUGAUGAGAUGCAUACACACACUAGGCUGUGCAGUAAUCGAUUGAGUGCUGUGAGGGAGAGAGACACUGGUCGAUCAUCACUUACAGUAGAUCGAUCAUCACACACAAGUACACACACACACACACACACUAAUUGAUGGAGCUUGUGGAGAGACACGCGUUACUGCUCCCACUCCACCUGAAAACACAGAGAGGCUCUGAAGUCUGCAUCAGAUGAAGAGGUUCUUCACUGUCCAACACUGUAUCAUCCAAGAUGAAACUUUCUCUAAGGCCUUUUACCCAACAAGUGUUAGGUUCUCACCAGGAGGCAACAAUCAUCACCAAACUUACGGAGCAUGCAGUUGAUGUAUUUCCAAGAUUGUGUCUCUUUUGUAUGGUUCCUGUAUUCAGACUACUAGGGCAGCAUUUAUUUGAUGCCUUGCUUUCAGUAAUGACACCGCUUACAGUUUUAAAGCAGAAUGUUUGGAUCAUUUUUUUUACCUUCAAGAUGGACAUGCAGCUUUUUACCUAAGGAAUAUUCCUAGUGCCUUAAAUAAUGGAAGAACACUUUGAACAGUGUUUUGGAUUGCCGGUGCAUGUUGGACUGAGUCUUAUCUAUUUGGGUCGUUAUCAAGUCUUAAUUCUUACUUAAGCAAUCCUUGAGAAUAUUUGUACAUUAUUUAUGUGUCUUUUAGAGAACACAGCAACACAUCAAGUAACAAAGAGAAGGUGCAUGGAAGGAUAUGAACUUUGACCUUUUGAAGUGGAGAUUUAACAGAAGACAGAGCAUGCAAGCAUAUUUCCGAUUGGAGCUGGACUGACUGGGAUAUUUCUGACCUCUGUCUGUCUGUGUGUGUGUCAACCAUUUUGUCCCUGUUACUGUCCCACUGUCCCCUGCCUGCAAUGGUGACUUUGUCAUUCAGGCGCAUUACUGAUAGAAUGUCACUCUCUUCCUCCUACUCCUCCUGUUCCUCUCCUCUUCAUCCCUCCUCCUCUCCUCCCACUCAUAGACAAACGUAGACACCAUUUAUCAAAGAGAGAAAUGGUCCAACAGAAGCAUGUCAAACAUUCACCUCUAUGGUUGCCUUCAGUAACUCUGUAUCCCAACAACUCAUCCAUUCAUGUGGAAAUAGUAAGGUAAGAUAUGUAUUUAUCUCAAUGUUAAGUCCAUCAAAAGCAGAAGUGAUCUGCACACAUAGUACAAAGACUCUAAGAUUCUUCUUUUGCCAUCCUUGGUUGGUUUUCUUAAUGCAGCAGGGGGAGCGAGAGGGGGUGUUAAACACAGACGUUUGGCUAAUUCUUCGUCAUUAAGUCCCUCACUUGGUCUGCACAUCACUAUUUCUGGGGUUAAACAGAUUACUCAUCAUUAAAAGAAACUCUUCCUGUGUCCACCUGUGAAUAACAGUAUGGUAUCUAAGCAAUGCUCGAGGAAGACAGGGCUUAUAUCAUGGAGUUCCAUAGUGAUAAAUACUUCUCAAUGGGUGGUGGAUGUAGAAGGCAGAUUAGGGAAAUAGCUUGGUAGCCUCAAGGUUUAAUCCGGCUUCUCUCCUCUGACAGGCUAUUCAUCAUGUUGGAUAGAAAUAUAUUUGGGACAUACAUAUAUUGUAUUUUCUUAUACAAAUCAGGCCCAUUUUAUGCAUUUUACUCACUGUUUAUUUUGAUUGGGUGUGUGGGUAAUGGGCAUGGUUAUUGGCAUGGUUAUGGGCUUGGUUAUGCAAUGUGUUAUAAGGCUGAGGGGAGACUCAAUGACAAAAUUACUUGGAUUGUUACUUCAAUGAGGGGAGACGCAAUGAAAAAAUGACUUGGAUUGUUACUUCAAUGAGGGGAGACGCAAUGACAAAAUGACUUGGAUUGUUACUUCAAUGAGGGGAGACGCAAUGAAAAAAUGACUUGGAUUGUUACUUCAAUGAGGGGAGACGCAAUGAAAAAAUGACUUGGAUUGUUACUUCAAUGAGGGGAGACGCAAUGACAAAAUGACUUGGAUUGUUACUUCAAUGAGGGGAGACGCAAUGAAAAAAUGACUUGGAUUGUUACUUCAAUGAGGGGAGACGCAAUGAAAAAAUGACUUGGAUUGUUACUUGAAUGUAUUAUUUAUUCUGUGCUUUCUUAUUUACAAUCACGUAUUUAAUGUCAUAUCUUGCCAAAACAUCAUGCAUGUACUUCUCAUGUGCAUCAUACAAUACAAAACAAAGUGUCUUACAAAUGCCCCUUUCAUCAAGAAACAGGUUUACAUUUAACUUUCAAUUGUGAUCAGGGUAAUGGUUGUUAACUGAACGUAUGAAUGUUUGAAUGGUGAGAAAGCAGCUCACCUGUGAUACAAAUCAGUAUUUGAAAUCCAUCCAUUUAUUUUAUUUAACCUCUAUUGAACUAGGCAAGUCAGUUAAGAACAAAUUCUUAUUUACAAUGACAGCCUACACCAGCCAAACCCAGAUGACGCUGGGCCAAUUGUGCACCGCCCUAUGGAACACCCAAUCACAGCCAGUUGUAAUACAGCCUGGAUUCAAACCAGGGUGUCUAUAGUGACACCUACUAGCACUGAGAUGCAGUGCCUUAGAGUGCUGCACCACUCGGGAGCCCAUGUCUGCAGAUUUCGGGAGAUGACAUGGAAACCGAGCAUUAGGGGCAAGAGUGAGGGCUGUAACCUUCAAAUAGUUGUUGGUUUUGCUAGGGUAUUGGGGACGGGGAUGGCGGAUGGGUGUAAGCAGCUGCCUCUAGUGCUAACGGUUGCAUGUUUGAAUCCAGCAAUAGAAAGUUGUUUUUGAGAUUUGGUAUAGGCUUAAAAAACAAAAAUCUCUUUCAUCCAUCUGCUUCCAGUGCCAAAGGUUGCAUAUUAGAAUCCAGAGAUAGAAAGUAGUUUUGUAGAUUUUAAUUUGAAACCUAUCCCAAACCUUAACCCUUACCUUAACCCUUCAGAGUUAAUGCCUAAACAUAACCUUUAAACACUUUGAAAUUUGACGUUUGGAACUAUUUUGAAUUUUGACAUUUGAGUAACAUGGAUGAACAUCUAAUUCUGACGUGAAGCUGUGAGAGCAUGUUGGAGAAACAAAUGUUUAUUUACAGUACAAAUCUGAGCAGGCAUCAUUGCCAUCACGGCACUAUUUUAUGUGUACAGUACAGUAUAAAAGUGAAUCAUGUGUUACUGGGGGCGAAAGACAUCCAAUGUCAAGAAGUGUCCUAAUACUCUUAAAUGGUGUAUUUUCCUUGUCUCCUUAGCUUUCCUUUAUGACCCCUGAUGUCAAAUGACUGCAUAGGUUUCCCCCAUAGCUAUAUCUGCCAUAUCCUAUCAAAUCAAGUGAUCAUGACGAACAAGGAGACGAGGAUACAGUAGAAAGCUAUUUAUCAGUAUUGGGACAGUCCAUUAUCAGUGUGGUAAUGAGGGAGAAUGCUCACACAGCUCAGAGCAGAGGCCCAUGGGAGUUCACUCGUACAACUUCUGCCCGGGCUGUUGUAUGAUGGACAGGCACUGUAAGGAGUCCUGUCACCACCAGAGAAAAACUAGCGCAUCACGUUAUAUAAGCAUAUCUACAGCCCACAGGGGGACUCAGAGAGAGAGAGAGAGAGAGAGAGAGAGAGAGAGAGAGAGAGUGUGUGUGUGUGUGUGUGUGUGUGUGUGUGUGUG